GCUCAAAAAGGGACUAAUCGGAUUCGGCAUCGGGCAGACUGUACGUUUGUGUGUUAUUAUGAAGCAAAUUGACAAGAUUGGACGCGUCAGUUUCGAGUAAAAUUUUCAAUUUCUGGCUGCUGAUGCAAUUUAAAAUCAGUUUGGAUAAUCGAAAAAGGUGCACUCCGACGACCGGCAAGUGAAAUUGUAGCGGAAAACAUCUUGCCCUCCAGGGAUUGUCCGAGGGAAUCCGAGGAAAAAAUCUUCGCACUUUGAAGUAGACCAAGCGCUUGGGAAAGCGAAGCGGCGGCUGUGGUGGUGUGAACGAGAAAGUUGAGAGCGCGGGAACUGGCAGAGCCUGCUGUCGUCGUCGUCAAUCGUAACAAAAACAUUCACCUCGCAAUCGCAUCAAGCGUCAAGCCGGGAACGAGAAACGACAAAAGUCAGUCGCUGUGACGAGAUAAACAAAAACAAUUCCAAAGUGUGAAAGUGCGAUUUUCCAGCUUUUGGUUGCGGUAUUGCUGCACGUAGUUCUACCUAGAAAAUAAAAUCGCAUCCACAGUGUAAACGCCUUCAACUAAGAUGCCUCGGAUGAAGAAAAAGGAAGAGCCCUCUCCACCGGCUGAGGCGUCAAUAACCCUGACGGCUGGUCGUUCGCGGCGCACCAUCAAACCCAAUCGUAAGUAUCUGAACGACAGCGUGGUGCUGGCCACGACUUCCACGCGCUCGAGCAGCCCGGACAGCGACGCCAGCGAAGAUGACUACAACCAGGAGGAGGACGACGAUGACGAGGUCAUGCCACCGAAGUGGGCUGUCGGUAGGAGGAGUACCGGGGUAGCUGCGGCGAAGAAACCAGCACCAGCAGCCACCUCGACAGGAAGGCCACGGGGACGGCCACCGAAGGGGCUUACAAAGACGGAGCCAGUUAAAAAUUUGAGGAAAGAAGUUUUGAAAAAGAUGGAUUUGAGCAUGCUGAACAUGGGCAAGGCUCGGGUCGUGCUGACGCCCAUCAACAAGGAUAUCAAGAGGAAGCUUGACUUGGAUACAUCGCUUGUGAAAGAUAAAACACCGAUUAGGGGUAAACCACCGGUAAAGCAACCGGAGAAGCAACCAGAAAAACAUCCUGAAAAGCCGAAACUAAGAAUGUUGGGUAAGGCUAAAGAACCCGAAAAGCCGGAAAAGGAAAAACUCGCUCCGAUGAAAGUAACGGAAGAGAAAGAGAAACCCAGAAACCUACUAUUCAGGAGGAAGCAACCGGAGGAAUCAUCUCCCAAACAGGAUUCGGUCAUUCCCAAGAAGUUUAUCAAUCCGGUUGCUAUGCAGAAGCAAAAAGUGGAGAAGUCAAUCCUGGAUAAACGAUACAAAAAACCGGAAGAUUCGCCGCAGUUUCCAACGGACGACGACGACGAUGAUGAUGAUGAUGAUGAUGAUGAUGUUCAGAUUGUCGGGGUCAGUCGUGAGACGGGUCCGAAUGUCGGUAGGAAAUCCCUGCGGAAGAGUCCUUUGAUUGCUAAACAAAUCUCGCCUCUUGCUAGAAAAGUAGGCAAAGCAGUAGUUGCCAGCAGGCCUACCCCACCACCGGUUGUCACUGCCGGACCGAAGCGUAAAGUCGCUGCAGAUUCCAGCGCAGAAGAUAGUGGACAUAAAGCGCAGCCAGCUAAAAGGGGGCGUCCUCCAAAGGAAGCCAAACUUUCCAUCACAUUGGAUUCCAAUGAUGAUGACACAGAUAGCGAGGAUGAGCCGGUCCGUAGAAACACUCGGUCCAGUUUGCUCUCCGAUAAGGGUUCAGCUGCUUCAUCUCCGCAGAACACGUCUGUAAAAGCAAAAGAUUCGUCUGCUCCUACCAAGCUAGCGAAGGAUUCGUCGGAGGUAAGCAAAGGUACUAUGAGCAAGUCGAUUAGUUUACCGGCUCUGGACAAAGCGAAGACAAGUGGCCGGCCUCUUGGUUUGAAGCCAAUACAAACACCAGCCUCCAAAGUGUUGCCGAAGCCGAUUGCCCAGUCAACACCAAAACCGACUAUCGGAGCUCUGGGGGAGAAGAAGAGCAAAUCCGAAGUGAAUCUCGUCGAUCCAAUCCGCUCUCCGGAAAAUGAUCGCAAAGGAUCUGGUAAAAGCACGGCCGAUAAAGCAACUAUCCGGAUCGUGAGCAUUGGCGAUAUCUUGAAGAAAAAGGCUGCCAGUACGCCCGAUGUACGGAAAGUAGGAAUCAGCCGUAAAAGUCCCCAAGAAGACGAUUAUUCAUCUUCCGAUAGUGACUCUUCGGACGAUUAUCUCGUCCCGAAGGCAAGCUCUGCGGAAAAACCCAAGACCAACAACCAAUUAGUGGCAACGAUUUUGGAACGGAAACGACCGAUCAAUUUGGAUCAUCUUCGGAUAAACCGACCUUCCAAGAAAGGACGACUUAGUUUAACCGCAAAGCAGCCUCUAGGGGAAAAGUCUGUUUCAAAAGCGUCGGUUAUCAACCUGACGAACGAUGACGAAGUCGACUUUGAAGACAUGUUGCAAACCAACAUUGUGACCGCUAACAAAGUUCAGAAGAUUGUAGCCGGCCCUACCGUGAUGCGAGGUCGUGGAAGACCUCCUGCUAAUUCGGAUGAAAAUUCUACCCGUUCCGAAACGAAAACGGUACCGGUGAACAAGAGCCCGGCGGCCACGGGCGUCAAAACUCUGGCCUCGAACAACAACAACAACAACAACGUGUACAAACAAUACAACAAUGGCCGACUUGCUACGUCCAGUACCCUGAACCGAUCUGGUUCGACAAGUCCUCAGAAGAAUCCUCCUCGAAUUCUUAACUCAACUAUGAAACUGGGCGACAGUCGUCCCUUUGCUAAGUUGGUUGCAAACAGCGGCAACAAGCACUACUCGAUUGAUUUGACGGAUCCGGAUAACAACGUGAAACUGAUAGUAACGCCUGAUUCUCCACCAUCAUCACCGGUGAAACGUUCACCGGUCAAGACUGUUCCGCGGCCGAUUGUUGCAUCGACCGGUCUACGGAAUACGUCGAAUGCCUUGAAUAAACCGAUCGGCGGAGCAGUUCAAAGAUCAAUCUCUGCGCUAACCAGUUCCUCUGGUAGUAGUCCCAAGAUGAAGAAGAUCACAUGCUAUGAAACAUGGUACGUCAUCAAUAUCCCAAACACUGAGAACAAACCGGAACGGCCAUCGUUUGCCAUGUCCAUGAUUGGGCUUGGCAAUGAGGCAGCCAACAUUCAGCUUCCCUCAUCGGAGUGGUCCCACAAGAUCAUUCUAACCAAGCGGAAAGUGCUCCCGGCCGAUGACGAGGAAGUAUUCAGUGGCGACGUGGAAGACCGCGCCAUUUCCGAAGAGGAGAAACGCAACUACGAACCCUGCAACAUCAUGUUCCGACGGCGGACGGCUACGCCGGGCAAGUUCAAUCUGCAGUAUGACCGGGCGGUCAUUUUCAAGAACGAUACAUUCUUUAUCAAUGUCGACGGGAAGAACUGCCAGCUGGUGGGAGCACCCUGCAAGCUGAACGGUAGCCAGGACAUUGAAACUCUAUUGGCCGUGGUAGAUUUUGUCAAUCUGAAAAACUCCUGUGUGGAACUGUCGGCUUCCUAAUUCGGCAGCAGCGUGCAGUAAAGUGGCAUGUAAAUAGCUUUAUUUGUUUUAUCAAGCAACAUCUGAACCGCCCACAACACGCAUACACCCAGUCUGAGUAGAGAGAAAGCCGUACACAUGUUGACGGAUGGUGAAAUCCGAGUUUGAUUUAUCGUGAGACGAUUGACUGGUUCGCAACGGUGUCGAAAAGAGUUUAUCCAUUCAAAGGUAAAUAUCGUUGAUUUAACAGACAUUAUUUUUUAAAUUUGAUGGCGUACAUUUGAUGGGACUUACUAUUAUGUUUCCAAAUUUUUACUUUGCUCUAAUGCUAGAGCAACGAAACAAACAGUACUCGUUAUUUAUUAGCAUGUCUAAUAGGAGAUAAAGUUAGGUCUUUGCUUUGUCGAUUAUAAAUCUAAGCGUACAAUAAAUAUAAAAUACAUUUUAUUAGAAUACAGUGUGGCGUUA